AGAAAAUUCGGGUAAAGACUGGCACAGAGUACACUGGUGUGAUGUGAAAUUGUGAAACGAAACGAACCGGCGUAUGAUUGACCGCAAGUUGGUUGAUUAGAUUCAACUAUUGUCAGGCUAAAACAACGUGUUCAUCGCUGUUUUGUGAGAAUUCUAGUUAGAAGAAUUGAAUAUCGAAUAAUUUUUCCUCCACAAUGGCCGCUAUGUCUGUGAUUGGUAUAGAUUUUGGAAAUGAAUCUUGCUAUAUUGCUGUAGCUAAAGCAGGUGGUAUAGAAACUAUAGCCAACGAUUACAGCCUUCGGGGGACACCAUCAUGUGUAGCAUUCUCUCCCAAAAAUCGUAUGUUAGGUGUUGCUGCUAAAAAUCAGAUGGUCACAAAUAUGAAAAACACUGUAUUUGGUUUCAAAAGACUACUUGGAAGAAAGUUCUCUGACCCUUAUGUACAGAAAGAAAUAAAACACUUUCCAUUUAAAAUAGAACAAAGGCCGGAUGGUGGAAUUGGAAUUAGAGUAAAUUAUCUUGGAGAGGAUAAUGUUUUUAGUCCAGAACAGAUUACUGCAAUGCUGUUUACAAAACUGAAGGACAUAGCUGCAACUGCUCUUCAAACACAGAUUAAUGAUUGUGUUAUAUCAGUCCCAAGCUACUUCACAAAUGCUGAAAGAAAUGCUUUGUUAAAUGCUGCAGCAAUUUCUGGACUCAAUGUACUUCGCUUGAUGAAUGAAUCUACUGCAACAGCUUUGACCUAUGGUAUUUACAAACAGGAUUUGCCUGCACUGGAAGAGAAACCAAGAAAUGUUGUGUUUGUUGAUUUUGGUCAUAGUUCACUUCAGGUAGCAGCUUGUGCAUUCAACAAGGGCAAAUUACGAGUUUUGGCCACUGCAAAUGACCCACAAUGUGGAGGUCGAGAUAUCGACUCUGCAUUGGCAGAAUAUUUUUGUCAAGACUUUACCACCAGAUUCAAACUUGACCCUAGAAAAAACCAAAGGGCUUACCAACGUUUAUUGCAAGAAGUAGAAAAGUUAAAAAAGCAAAUGUCUGCAAAUAGUACCCGCUUGCCUCUAAACAUUGAAUGCUUUAUGGAAGAACGUGAUGUGUCUGGCGACAUGCAGCGCGCUCAAAUGGAGCAAUUAUGUGCUGAAACAUUUACUAGAUUUGAAAGGACAUUGAGAUCUAUACUUCAUAAUGCAAAAUUGAGACCAGAAGAUAUUUAUUCUGUUGAAAUUGUUGGUGGAUCCACCAGAAUCCCAGCAGUUAAAGGAUUAAUUGAACAAGUUUUUGGAAAGCAUGCAUCAACCACACUCAAUCAGGACGAAGCAGUGGCGCGCGGGUGCGCCCUACAGUGCGCCAUGCUCAGCCCGGCGGUGCGCGUGCGCGAGUUCAGCGUGACCGACGUGCAGCCGUACGCCGUGCGCCUCGCGUGGGACGCGGCGCGGGGCGAGGACGGAGACAUGGAGGUGUUCCCUGCUUUCCAUGCAGCUCCCUUCUCGAAAAUGUUGACAUUUUACCGCAAAGAACCUUUCACAGUCAGCGCCUAUUAUUCUGAUCAAGUACCAUUCCCAGACACAUUUAUUGGUCAGUGGCAUAUAAGAGAUGUGCAACCAACACCAGAAGGCGAGUCCCAAAAAGUGAAGCUGAAAGUCCGUGUCAAUAUUCAUGGCAUCAUAACCGUGGCAUCCGCAUCUCUGGUUGAAAAGAAACAAGACACACAAACUGAUAAUGUCGAAAUGGAAAACUCUAAUGAGAACGUCAAUAACAGUCAAGAGGCACCGAUGGACACGAACGGUGGUUCCCAAGAGCAACAACAGAACGGUCCCGAUAACCAAGAGGUGAGAGAAGAUGAAAUGAAAGGCGAGCCACAACAAAAACAGUCGUGGACACAGAGAGUAGGACAGUGGUUCAGCGGGGAAAACGCUGAUGAUAAAAAGGACAAAUCGAAAGAGAAAUCAAAAAAGGUUUUAGUAAAAACUGUCGAAUUGCCGAUAGAUGCGAGAACUCACGGAUACUCUCAACAAGAGCUUAACGGAUACAUUGAACAGGAGGGUAAAAUGCAAGCGCAAGACCGUCAAGAAAAGGAGCGCGCGGACGCCCGCAACGCUUUAGAGGAAUACGUAUACGAAUUGCGUGGGAAACUGUCCGAGGGCGAGUCACUGCACGACUUUGUGGCGGACGAUCAACGCGUCGCCCUCGUGGGGCGCCUCGACGGACUCGAGCAGUGGUUGUACGACGAGGGCGAGGACCAAAACCGACAGGUGUACAGUGACAAGCUGUCGGAACUGCGGACUGAAGGCGAGCCUAUCAAGCAACGGCGUCUCGAGUUCGAGCUCAGACCCGGAGCGCUAGAUGACUUAUCUUUAGCUAUUCAAUUAGUCAAUAAAGCAGUGGAUCUUUACAAGAGCGGGGACGCGAAGUACGCCCACCUCGCGGAGGCGGACAUGCAGAAAGUAGCGGAAGCAUCGAAGAACGCACUUGCGUGGCUCGAGGCGGCGCGCCAGGCACUCGCGCACUCCCCGCGCCACCACCCGCCGCCGCACACCACGCAGCAGAUCCGCCACGAGCGCCAGACUUUGGAAAACACAGUGAACCCGAUUUUAAACAAGCCGAAGCCCAAGGAGAAGACUCCUCCGCCGAGCAACCCCACCGGCGACGGCGAGCCCGCCGCCCCCGCGCCCGGCGCCGAACAAAUGGACGUCGAAUGAACUAACUCACCCACGAGCACAAACCGCACCUACUAGAUACCGCGUUACUCCACUUUUGUUUGAAAUAAAAAUCGCCAAACGACCACCUUGAUACACUUUUAACUAAUACCAUACAGAGAAGAAUGAUAAGAUUUUUUUUUAUUAAUUACUACCUUUAUAACAAUGUGCACUAUUGCAGUUGACAUAUAAAUGAAUCAUAAAGGAGACGGUUCAAAAGCGGUAUUCGGUUACCGGCAGUGAUGAAACGUACAUCAUUUGAAAACUUAAAUUAUACACGUCGGUGUGACGACACGGCUGGAUGACAAAUUGGGUGCAAUUUGUAUCACAACGUUUUAGGGGAGUGUCACACGCUUAUAAAGUAUCACUACUUAGCUUGGCGGGUGUCCUUUUAUGCGGUCUCUAGUAGGGUAGUUCUGUGCCUACAAGACUAAAUAAUAACACACAUCACCGUCACAAACUCGAAACGUGAACAUGCACUGCUCAUACGACUUAAUAUAAUAUUCUCAUUUUAUACUCGCGCACUAUCGGAAAUUAAUUUGCUCAUGUAAAUCACCCCUGGAAUGAUUUUAUUGUGCAUGUCAAAAUGAACUCUUAGAACUCGCACACUCAAAUUGUAUGUCCA